AGACGCCCGGUCUGGGCGGCUGCGCAGUGGUCGCGGACACCGACCAGGUUUUACUAGACAUGUUGAAACUAUCUGCUAUCAUACAUGAGGAGACAAAAUCUGAAGAUGAAAUAUCUAGUCAGAGCUCAGACAUUACCUUGUCAUCAGGACCAAGUUUAAGUGAAUCUAACAAAGGGGUCAUUAGAAUAUCCAAUGAUAUUAGUGAACUUACUGUUACUAACGAAGUGGAUGGAUCUGAGUGGGCAAAACUCAAAGAAACGAAAGUGCCCACAGUUGCAGAAGUCAAUGAAGAACCAACAAAAAGCGAAGAAAUAGAGGUUGCUUCCUGUCCCGAAAAUCAAUUGAAGACUCCGUUAUCUUUCCGGAGUGACUUCAUCCCUGAUGAAAUAUUGCAAGAGUUGACAAAUGCAUCAGUAAAGGGUGCUCGUCCCUUCUACAUUGGACCACCCAAACUAACAAAAACUCCAAAAGACUUGAAGAUACGAGGUAUCCGACCAGCUGAUGCUGUAUGGCAUCACACAACCCGGAGGACAAAACUGAACUUCCUAAUAGAUCAACCUGUCUCGUUUACUUCAGCUGGAAGGGAUAUCUCCUUUAUAUACGAUGCACUUGCUCCCAAAUAUUCGGAGAAGUUGGAGCGCCCUGUAUUACGAAGAGCUUUUCGGUCCCAGGAAUCUGUCUCUAAACAAUUGUUGUUGCCCGAUAGUCUGAUACCAGAGGAAUAUCACAUUGUGAAGAACAAAGGAAUUGUGCCAUUGGAAUACUAUGAAGAUAAAUACACAACCCUGCUGCAGGAUGAUGAGCAGAAACUGAGGGUGUUUCCAUCUUUGAAACCCAACAAGAAGUUUGAAGUCAUUCAACUAUCUAAAGUGAUGGACUCAAUGUUUGAAAAGGCUGGGCUUAAUGAUCCGAAGUUGGAAGUGAAAGGGGAGACUGAGCUACAUCAUUUGCUGGAGCUGGUGAAACAGGAGCAGAACAUUUAUAACAUUGUGUUCCACGAGCUGAUCCGACAGAUCACUGUAGAUUGUGCAGAACGAGGAGAAUUGCUAUCCAAAGUCAGACAAAGGUAUGUGAAUUUACUGGACAGCAUCCCUCGCCAUGUGAAAUGCCUACAUGAUGAAAUCUUGAUGCAACGGGCUCUGGACAGAUAUCUUGUGCAGGAACUGUUUCUCUUCAAGACGGCAAUUGAAGAACUCAGCGGUGAACUCAGUGAGAUUCGAGAGCAUGACCUGAAGGUGACAAGGGAGACAGAGGCAGCACAGGAUGAGCUGGCCAAGGCACUGUUUGAGUCCCGGAAAAAUGCUAAUUUGGUGGAAGAGUUUCACGUCUUAUAUGAGCUGCAAAGACGGAGAUUAGAUAAACAAAUAAGAAGUCUAACCCAGGAAAGGGAUUGGUGGUGUGCAGCAGCCUAUAGCCUAGCACUCAAGGUGAUUGAAGAUAACAGGCUGCAGCUGGCUCGCAGACUCCAAGUCAGCGAAAAGUCUUGGUCCAAACUUGGAGAACACUUUGCCAUAAUUCUCAGCUUAAAGGAUACAGAAGAUUUAGGGGUGAUCCAGAAAAUUAUUGAGCACUGGAGGGAACUGAUGUCAAAAUUCACUGGAAAGUUGGAACACUUUGAGAACUCAAGCAUGGAAAAACGGAAGCUGGUUCUUUCGGAGAUUCAGAAGUGGCACAAAUAUUUUUCCGAAAAAAUCCUGCCCCCUCAGAUUGGAUUCCAAGGUUUAUCCCCCGAUACCAUCCGGUCACUGCAUGCUGAUUUAAUACGAUGGCAAGAGAUGAUUAUACAAGAUUGUGAGCGGUAUGAGGGAUCAUUACUCUUAGACAGCCAGGAAGCUCUGAAUGAACUGUUCAACCUAGAAAAGGAAUGGACAGAUUUAACAAUGGCUGUAUUUGGACGGCACCAGAAGCCUUAUGCGGCUCGCUUUGCUGAGGAGAAGACAAUGGAUGACAUAAAUAUGGUUAUAAAUGAACUCUGCAAUGAGUAUGAAGCCAGGAUAAUGGGAAAAAAUGGUUCACUUUCGAGUUUAAUGUCCUUUACUACGAUGGUGGAAUCCUGGCGAAUUAAAUUUGACAGCACCCAGAGAGGUAGUACAAGACUGUCAGAAUUUGACUGGUUAAAACUAUUCCACCAAUUUCCCACUUGGAUAAACCUGAUGGAACAGGCUCUGGAAAUGCCUGAUUCAGCUGACACCUUACGUACUAGACUGAAUAAACUGCCUCCCAUAAGGCUGAGACUAGAAGAAAUUAAUCAAAGUCUGCACAUUUGGCUGCGUGGGGUAAUCGAAUUAAUAGAAAAUGUGAACGUCAACCAAAUUACAGAGGUUCACAACCUUCAUACUCAACUGACUCGCUGGAUGGUGGAUAUGUUGCUCCACCUGGUACCAGACCCUGCCGGUGCCAUCUCAGGAAACCACUUCAAUAACCUAUCCAGCACAUCUAUACUCCUUAAACUAGAGGAGGAAGCUUCAAAAGUAGCUCCGCAGAUGGAUGCCUACACCACAAAUAUGUACAAUUGGUGCAGUGACAUAGUUGAAGCCAUUUUUAAGGAACGGAUGGUAAUGCAUGAUGAGAUUCCAGACCAUGAACUGAAGGAGCUGGAAAAAAUGAAGGUGGAGCGCACAAAUUGGAUAAGGAAUUGUGAGCUUCUGCUUUCAGACGUUAAAAGUGAUCCAGUUCAAUUACUGCCAACUGGAAGUGCCCAAGAAGAAACAUUCAUCCCAAACACAAUGCUAGACAAGUGUGGCCCAUGUAUAAUGAGGCUGGAUUCGCUCAACAAUCUUCCAUCCAGAGAACCUGGAAAUGUUGACAUCACAAUGGAAGUGGAAUCUUCAGAGGGGACAAGCAUUACCAACCUUAGCUCACACGACCCACGAAUCUUGGAGCUGUUGAAACCAGGGAUACGUUCCUCUGUGGUUGCUAGUAUGGAGGAUCCAAACCUUGAGCAAUUUUUAUCAGAGUUAUCGGAGAAGGAAUCCAAUCAGCUAACUGAGAUGUUAGUUGAGACUGCUGAUGUUCUUCAGACUCAGAUUUCUGAGAUUGUAGAGGAUGCUGGCCACUCUACUGAAGCAGCUUCGGGAUCUUUUCAGCCCUCCGUGGACACUGUGAGGUACAUAGGUCUUGAUGAUAACAUCCAUGCAAAGGAUCUGACUGAUGUUCUGGUGCCUGUUGUACAGGGUGGAACCAUGGUUGUCAGACCUGAAAAUUCCAAAUCAAAACACAUAUUCCAGUCACUGGCUGUUGUGGAAAUCCUGCAGGGACAACUUCUGGAAGCGGAGAAGCGCGCACAGCUUGCAGAGCAGGGCAUGCUUGGUCUGGAUGAGCAGCUGCGAUCCGCUUUGGAACAAAUAAAGGAUAUGACAGUAGAGAUAGAAAGCAAAGCUGAAACGCCAUCGCCGACUUCUGAGCUGAGUGUUGAGGUGCCCACAGCGGAGAGCUCUAAGCAAUUAAAGUCAAGCGUAAAGAUGAGUCGUUCAAAAUCUAAGACUACCAAACCUGCUAAACAAGUACUCAAGACUUUGAAAAAACCAUAGCUGUCACUUGACUUCAUACUGUGUCUUUAGCAAUAAAGAGUCUUUGACUUGU